CCCGCCCGCCAGCUGCGCGGGUCCGCAGAGCGCGGAGGAGGCAGCGCGACCCCGGCCGGGAGCGAGCGGGCAGGCCCGCGCGGAGACGCUGCCGGACGCCUCGGGUCCUAGGGCGGGGGACCAUGGACCCCGCCGCGGGAGCCUUCCUCGGGUUGCUCUUUCUUUUGUCUGCUCAGCCCUGGAGCCCAGUAGUGGCAGGGAAUACUUAUACCUGUGAUGCCCCGCUGGCGUCCACCUUGCCGCGAGAGUCCUUCAGCAGCUCGUCGGAGCUGUCCAGCAGUCAUGGCCCAGGGUUUGCAAGUCUUAAUCGCAGAGAUGGGGCUGGUGGCUGGUCUCCACUUGUGUCAGAUAAAUACCAGUGGCUGCAGAUUGACCUUGGAGAGAGAAUGGAGGUCACGGCUGUGGCCACCCAGGGAGGGUACGGGAGCUCCGACUGGGUGACCAGCUACAUCCUCAUGUUCAGUGACGGCGGGAGGAACUGGAAGCAGUAUCGGCGAGAAGAAAGCAUCUCGGGUUUUCCAGGAAACACAAACGCAGACAGUGUGGUGCAUUACCGACUGCAGCCUCCCUUCGAAGCCAGGUUCCUGCGCUUCCUCCCCUUAGCCUGGAACCCUAAGGGCAGGAUCGGGAUGCGGAUAGAAGUGUACGGAUGCGCAUACCGAUCUGAGAUGGUUAAUUUUGAUGGAAAAAGCUCCUUGCUAUACACAUUUAAUCAGAAAUCCGUGAGUCCAACAAAAGAUGUUAUUUCUUUGAAAUUUAAAACCAGGCAGACUGAUGGGAUUCUACUCCACAGAGAAGGACAAAAUGGCAAACACAUCACUCUGGAGUUAGUUAAAGGAAAACUCAUCUUAUCCCUUAAUUCAGGCCAUGCUAGCCUGUCCUCCCCUGACGCCCAUGUGACCCUCACCCUGGGCAGCCUGCUGGACGACCAGCACUGGCAUUCUGUCCUCAUCGAGCUCCUGAACUCACACGUCAACUUCACGGUGGACAGGCACACUCAGCAUUUCCAGGCAAAGGGCGAGUCCAGCUAUUUGGAUCUUGAUUAUGAGAUCAGCUUUGGAGGGAUUCCUGGACACGGAAAAUCAGUGGCAUUCCCACAUAAAAACUUUCACGGCUGCUUCGAAAAUCUCUACUAUAAUGGAGUGGAUAUCAUUGAUUUGUCCAAGAAACACAAACCACAGAUCCACCUCAUGGGAAACGUGUCCUUCUCGUGCUCACAGCCUCAAAAUGUGCCUGUGACUUUUCUGAGCUCCAGGAGUUACUUGGCACUGCCAGGCACCCCCGGAGAGGACAAAGUGUCGGUCACUUUCCAAUUUCGAACGUGGAACAGGGCAGGGCUGCUGCUGACCACGCAGCUUCAACACGGGCCAGGGGCUCUCGUCCUCGUUCUUAAUGAUGGAAAACUCCAGCUGAGUCUGUCCCAGCCCGGACAUCCAGCGAGGGAUGUCACAACAGGUGCUGGAUUAAGUGAUGGGCAGUGGCAUUCAGUGUCCUUAUCAUUGAAAGGAAAUCACCUGAGUGUGAUGGUGGAUGGAGAGGCAGCCACUGUGGCUCAUUCCCUGCGCGGGCGAAUCGACUCAGGGGACACCUAUUAUUGGGGCGGCUGUCCCGACAGCAGGUCUGGCCCUGGAUGUGGAGGCCCCCUGGCCGGGUUUCAGGGCUGCGUGAGGCUCAUCUCCAUUGGCGACAAGGCAGUGGAUCCCAUCACAGUACAGCAGGGGGCGUUCGGGAGUUUCCGUGACCUCCAGAUAGACACCUGUGGCCUCAUGGACAGGUGUUUGCCCAGCUAUUGUGAACAUGGGGGCGAAUGUUCCCAGUCCUGGGACACCUUCUCCUGUGACUGUGCGCACACGGGCUACACGGGCGCGACCUGCCAUUCCUCUUUGUACGAGCAGUCCUGUGAAGCCCACAAGCACAGAGGAAACUCCUCAGGGCUCUACUAUAUCGAUUCAGACGGAAGUGGCCCGCUGGGACCUGCUCUUGUAUAUUGCAACAUGACAGAAGACACCACCUGGACCUCAGUGCAGCACAAUGGCUCCCACUUGGCCAGGGUCAAAAGCUCGAAUGGAGAAAGCCCCCACCCUGUGUUUUUCAAGUACACAGCCAGCAUGGACCAGCUCCAAGCCAUCAUUGACCGUGCGGACCACUGCCAACAGGAGCUGGCUUUCCACUGCAAGAAGUCAAGGCUCUCAGCCAGCCACGAUGGAACCCCAGUGAGCUGGUGGGUUGGAAGAACCAAUGAAACACACACUUACUGGGGAGGUUCUCUGCCUGAUGCUCAAAAAUGUGCUUGUGGAUUACAGGGGAACUGCCUUGAUUCUCAGUAUUACUGCAACUGUGAUGCUGCCCGGAAUGAAUGGACCAGCGACACAGUAGUCCUUUCCCAUAAGGAGCACCUGCCAGUCACUCAGGUUGCGAUGAGAGACACAGGCCAACCACAUUCAGAAGCGGCUUAUGCACUGGGGCCUCUGCUCUGCUGGGGGGACAAUUCAUUUUGGAAUUCCGCCUCUUUCAAUACCGAGACUUCAUACCUUCACUUCCCUACGUUCCGUGGAGAGCUCAGUGCUGACGUGUCUUUCUUUUUUAAGACAACAGCUCCUUCUGGGGUGUUUGUAGAGAAUCUGGGGAUCACAGACUUCAUCAGGCUAGAGCUGCACGCUCCUGCAGAAGUGACCUUUUCCUUUGAUGUGGGGAACGGGCGUUGUGAGGUCACCGUGCGGUCUCCCACUCCCUUUAACGACAACCGGUGGCAUCACGUGAGGGCAGAGAGGAACGUGAAGGAGGCAUCCCUUCAAGUGGAUCAGCUCCCCAGCAAGACGCAACCAGCGCCGGCUGACGGCCACGCCCGCCUCCAGCUCAACAGCCAGCUCUUCGUGGGUGGGACGGCCACCAGGCAGAGAGGCUUCCUGGGCUGCAUUCGGUCGCUGCGGUUGAAUGGGCUGGCCCUGGACCUGGAAGAAAGGGCCACAAUGACGCCAGGCGUGGAGCCAGGCUGCCCAGGACACUGCAGCAGCUACGGACACUUGUGUCGCAACGGAGGGAGAUGUAGAGAGAGACCCAGGGGCAUCGCUUGCGACUGUGCCUUCUCUGCGUACGACGGGCCUUUCUGCGAGAGCGAGAUUUCUGCCUAUUUUGGAACUGGCUCGUCAGUUAUCUACAACUUUCAAGAACAUUCCAAUUACACCUUCAGUAAGAACUCCAGCUCCUUUGCAGCUUUAUUUCAUGAGGAUCUGACGCUGGCCGGCGAAAUGGCCACACUGAGCUUCCGGACCACGGGGACGCCCAGCUUACUCCUCUAUGUGAGCUCCUUCUACGAGGAGUACCUGUCCGUUAUCCUCGCCCCCAAUGGAAGUUUGCAGAUCAGGUAUAAGCUGGACAGGCACCAGGAACCUGAUGUUUUUAACUUUGGUUUUAAAAACCUUGCCGAUGGGCAGCUUCACCAGGUGAAGAUUCACAGAGACGCGGCUCUGGUCUCUGUAGAGGUUAACCAGAAUGCAAGGAGACAAGUCAUCCUGUCGUCAGGGACAGAAUUCAAUGCUGUCAAAUCCCUUACGUUGGGGACAAUUUUAGAGCCCCCCGGCGCGGACCCGGACACGCUGCGGGCCGGCGCGCGUGGCUUCACCGGCUGCCUCUCGGCCGUGCGCUUCGGCCCCGCCGCUCCGCUCAAGGCUGCGCUGCGCCCCGGCGGCCCCCCGGUCACCGUGCGCGGCCACGUGGCCGCCGCGUCCCGCUGCGCGGAGGGGGCGGGAUCCGGAGCCCCGGCGCGGGAGGCCAUCCGCCCGCUCGCAGGUGGCGCAGGUGGUUCUGGACCAACAGAUGGGGGAGAACCCUUAGUUAAUGCUGACAGAAGUGACUCUGCUGUCAUCGGAGGUGUGAUAGCGGUCGUGAUAUUUAUCUCGCUCUGCGUCACCGCCAUAGCUAUACGCAUUUAUCAGCAGAGAUGGUUAUACCAAAAAAAUGAGUCAAAUAUUCCCCAAACUGGAGACAACGCUGAGACUGCUCUGAAAAGUGAGGUCAACAUGCAAAGUACAGUCAGUGAAAGCCAGAAAGAGUACUUCUUCUGAUGGCCAGCGGCGGUUUAUCCAGAGCUCCGGGGAUGUGACUUUCUCGCUAAGCCAGGGGCUCCCAGCGGAUGAAGCUCCCCCCUUGUCCUCCUGGGACAGGUGGCAGCUGCGUAGCGCCAUCAGCUUGCUCGCGUGUGGUCCUGGGAGGCUCUGCUCAGUGCUGCUUCAUGAUCUGUUUAUGUAGAAGUGACUUAGGUGUGCUCAUUAAUCACUGUGUGGCGGUUUCUGAUUGUUCUGGCCCGAUUGGCGAAAAUUCAAAUGUAUUUUGCAUAAUGACUUUGGGUUUUAAGUGAGAACAAGGAUUUGAGCUGUGGCCCUAUUCUCUUAAAAAUGAGACACAGAAGUUUAUAAAAGUCAAAGUUGGACUCUUGUGUUACGUGGAAAUCUGUGUUUUGCUUCCUUUAUUGAUCACCUGCUGACAUUUGUAAGCCGGGAAGUGCUUCUCAGAUAGUCUUCGACUGCAUUUCCAUCUUUCUGUGAACCAGAGCCCACUGGCCAAAAAUGCAUUAGAAACCUAGAAAACC